CUUUUGUAAUUGUCCACUUCUUUACUGCUGCCAAUCCAUUCCCACGGAUAUUCCCCAUUUCGCCAACUGCCAGGAUAGAUAGUACAUAGCGGCUUGUAAUGGACUCCCGUCACCAACGUUGUCUAGAAGACCUCAACAUGAAUCUGCUUAGGAAGACAAUGGAAGAGCAUCCAUCAAGCAGGCCCAAAAGAGCGAGGGGCAAGACUAGAAGUACGAGCGAGGAACCUUGGAAAUGGAUAUCAGAAUUAGAAAACUCAUCCCCUGAUUCCUCAAAAAGCUAACACCCGUCCGAGCACUUACCAACGUCACCAACACCAUGCUCCUCCUGAUCGCCGGCAUCACCGGCCAUGUCGGCCACCACCUCGCCCGCCACGCCAUCGCCAAGGGCCUCACGGUCCGCGGCCUAGGUCGCAAUCCCACCAAACUCGAUCCCACCAUCAAGCUCGAAUCCUUCGUCCAAGCCGCUGAUUACUAUGAUAUCCCCGCGCUCGAAGCCGCCGUGUCCGGCGUUGACGCCAUUAUCGUCGCCUACAUGGGCACGCCCGAGCUCCAAGUCGACGGGCACCUCCUCCUGCUCCGCGCCGCCGAGCGCGCCGGCGUCAAAGUCUUCCACACGUCCACCUGGACGUACGACUUCCGCAAGACGCGGUUCCUCGAGCACGAGAGUUACGAUCCCUUCGUGGCAUUUGCGCGCAUCGCGGAGCUGACGAGCCCGAUCAAGCCGAUCUACGUGAUGACCGGGGUGCUCGCGGAGGUGCUGUUUAGUCUGGAAGGCCGCGCGGAUUUCAGCCCCAAGAGCGGUGGUGUGUUUGAUCCCGUUGAGAAGUGCUUUGAGUACUAUGGCACGGGGGAUGAGAAGUAUCAGUGGACGACUGAAGAGGAUGCGGCAAGGUUUAGCAUUGAGCUCAUCAUGUCAGAGGAGGCGAGGUCGGGGAACGGCGGGUACUUCAGUGCAUGGUCGGGCGAGCACAGUGUGAAGGAGAUUGCGGACGUAUAUGAGAAGGUCCGGGGGAAGCCUAUUAGCUUGAAGAAUAUGGGCAGCGUGGAGGAUCUGGAGAAGAAGGCGUUGGCGGACAGAGCGAACGGAACCCCAGCAGGCUUUUGGGCGUACAUUGGGGCGUUUUAUCAGCUGUUCACUAUCAAUGGGCGUUGGGUAUUGACGGACGAGAAUUUGUUUCCGAACGUGGAGAGAACGAGUCUGGCGGAAUUCUUCAAGCAGUCGAACGUGAAGACUACUGGUAUUGCAUAAUCAAUACAUUGCAUCAAACAAGGAAGAGUUGCAUAGAACCCAGGUCAGAUAGACACGGGGCUGCAAUUUGUAAAUUCUUUAUCAAAUCAUA